AAUCAGUAUGGGCUUCUCAAAUGCUUCGUUGCUGCUACUGUUCGCCAUUGGCGUGUCUGAAAGUAAACCGCAACAAAUCGAUGUUCAGUCUAGAAUCGUUGGUGGUUCAACAGCCCAAGACGGUGAUUUCCCAUACCAGGUAUCACUGCGAAAUCCGGCACAUAAUGCUCACUUUUGUGGUGGUUCGAUCAUAUCACCGAAUUGGAUUUUGACUGCAGCGCACUGUGUGUCAGGUAUGGGACCAUCUUCGAUUUUUGUGGUCGUGGGUACAAAUUCACUUAGUAGUGGGGGUAUUGGGUAUGGUGUUUCUGAGAUUAGGUCGCAUGUAAGUUACAACCCAAUCAACAAUGUUAAUGAUAUUGCCGUACUCCGAAUAAAUGGUGUAAUUAGUUAUGGUCCAAAAGUCCAGAGUGUUGGACUAGCUGCAUUACCUGUACUGGGAGGUACAUCGCUUACUUUGAGCGGUUGGGGACUAACCAGCUACCCUUCGUCUAUUCUACCAAAUGAUUUGCAACAAAUUAGCCUAAAAUCAAUAACUACUGCACAAUGUCAAAAUGCACUACCAGGAUAUCCAGUGUACGAUACAAAUGUUUGCACAUAUGAUGGUGUCGGUCGCGGGUCGUGUCAAGGGGAUUCGGGCGGACCACUGGUGGUUGGAUCACAAGUAGGACCUGUGCAAGUGGGCAUUGUUUCGUGGGGUAUACCAUGUGCAAAGGGUUCUCCAGAUAUUUUCACAAGUGUUGCAUCUUAUCGAACUUGGAUAUUAUUGGUCACGGGAAUAAUACUUUGAUUUCUGAUUCAGUUACAGUAAACUUUUACCAAACCAGAUGGGCAUGGCAACGGUGUUAAGGAAUCUCGCGCCACGUCAUUCACAAUAAUUCAC